GUUAGUGUACGAGUGUGAGUGUGUGUCCUUGACGGGCAGAAUAUAAAAGUCGAAAAACGGGUCGAAACAUCAGAAGAGGAGCAACAGCACAAACAAAAAGCAAAGCUUCAUCUAGAAAAAGAAGACAACUAAGAGGAAAGAGAGAAGAAAACAGGAAACAGAGGAGAUGUGUCCUGUGUGGCUGUUGGUGGUCAUGGUGGUUGUGGGCGGAGCCAGAGGAGCUGUCAGUCAAUGCUGGGAACAUCCCAGCUGCCAGGAUGUGAACACUGAGAGCAGCAUGAUGGAGUGCAUCCAGAUCUGCAGGUCCGACCUCACUGCUGAGACCCCCAUCAUCCCUGGAAGUGCUCACCUCCAGCCCGCUCCUCCAUCAGAGUCCUCCUCCUUCGUCUCCUUCCCCUCCUCCUCCCCGCCUCAGGCCAAGCGCUCCUACUCCAUGGAGCACUUCCGCUGGGGGAAACCCGUGGGCCGGAAACGCCGCCCGGUCAAAGUCUACACCUCCAACGGCGUUCAGGAGGAGUCUGCCGAGGUGUUCCCCGGGGAGAUGAGGAGGCGAGGGCUGGCCAACGAUCUGCUGGCAGCCGUGGAGGAGGAGGCGGCGGAGGAGGAGCACCAGCAGCUCCUGGGAGGCCUGCAGGAGAAGAAGGACGGCACGUACAAGAUGAAGCACUUUCGCUGGAGCGGCCCCCCGGCAGAAAAACGCUACGGGGGCUUCAUGAAGAGCUGGGAGGAGGGACAGCAAAAACAGCUGGUGACGCUCCUGAAAAACAUCAUCAACAAGGAGGAGCAGCAGAAGUGAGAGGGACCAGGCUGACAGAGAAAAGGCUCCCGUUAAUAACCAAUAAAACGUUCUGAAACAGCCGUAUGUUCUACAUAAUCUUCACUGGGAGGAGAGAAGGAUGUUUUGAUAUUUGUUUCAUGUAAAUAAGUGUAUUUAUUAUAUGAUAACAGGGUUAUUUGCAAGCAAAAAAACGAAUGUGUGUCUUUCUUUCUGCUCUCCGUCACAAAAAAGAGAAACAAUAGAGCAAGUUUGAACAAAAAAAAAAAAAAAAA